GGCGUUUAUCAUAUUUGUAAUCAUUUGAAAGCAACGCAUUAAAAAAAUUUCUCAUUUCUGAACGAAUAGAUAAGAUAAAAGAUAUUUAUUUAUUUUUUUUGCGUUUACAAGCCAUUGAGGUUUUUUGCCGACUCCGUUAAAUCUUAAGCUUUCGUGUUGAAAAUUACCUAUACUAAUAAGAAUUGGUAUUUAAUUUUAAUGUGCAAUUAUACAAAAUUAAAUUAAAUUUGCUUAGUAACACAUAUUAUAUUCUCGUUUGAAUAUGUUACGGUGAAAGAUAAUAGUUGGUAAAAGAUUCAAUAAUGUUGGUAAAUGUUUUAAAAAGAGCAUUUUAAAUUAAAAUUUACUACUUUCACCGGCCAAUGACGUCAUUUACGAAGGCUAUUGCUGAAAAGGACAAAUUGGAGUUCAUCAAACAACAAAUGAAAAUUGCGAAUGAAGAAGAUGUACGUCGAAGAACUUGUCAAAUUCUAAAGAAAACAGAUAAAAGUGAUGCAUAUUAUAUGUCGUUGUGCAAAAUAAUGUUUAUAAAUUAUAUUUUAUCGGAAAAUACUAAAAAUGCAACAAUAAAAGAAUUGAUAAAGACUAAUAAAGUAUUAAAAAAACGAUUUCGCGAUUCCUUAAAUAAUUUGAAGAUGGAAUUAUGUGAAACGAAAUUUUGCAAAUCUUAUGUAUUGUUGCGUCUUGAUGGCUGCAGUUUUCGCACAGGGAUCGAUAAACUUGAAAUUCUGCAGUUUACAGCGUCGACUUUUGAACUGUUGAUUACGGUUGGUUACACGUUUCAUAUGAUAUCAAAGGCUAAGGUGAAGUUACAGCAGAUUAAACUUUGGAUGACAAACAAUAAAAACACACCAGGAAAACCGAUGAAUCUUCGUACGCCGUUCCGUCGUCGGGCCACUGAGGUCAGGCCAUCGGUUGCCGUACCUUCAGUCGAUGUCCAAUCGAAUUUUUUCGCUGUCUUGAAAUCCGAACCCGCCAAGACAAAACUGUCGACGAGCAACAGCAUCUCGGACGAGGGUUUCGAGUCCCUGGUAUUGGGAAGUUCCAGCAGUAAAUGACUAUUUUUGUCUCCGACUCUCCGUGUACAUUAUACCACUUGUGUGUUUUGUGUUUAUCGUUGUGGUAUAUAUAUAUAUUUUUGAUAGAACUCCUUUGUGUCAAGCGAUAUAUUAACACAUUGCUUUGUGUAAUUUAUUAACUAUAAUUUAUACUAUUAUACAAGAGCUGAGAUGUGUUAUUGAUCA